AUGCCUUGCUCAAUUACAUCAGACACGUUGAAAGAUCAUGUUUCUGUCUGGGAAGAUGCUCCCUUUCUGCAGGGCACCACCCGGUUUGAGCCUCAAUCCGAUGUUAACAACAUCAUGAUCACAGGCGGUGCUGGUUUCAUCGCAUCAUGGGUCGUCAGGCACCUCGCCAGAACAUAUCACGGACACUAUAACAUCAUUUCAUUCGACAAGCUGGACUACUGCGCGACACUCAACAACACAGCGCAGCUAGACAAAGAUUCGAAUUUCACUUUUUACAAGGGCGACAUCACAAAGCGUGAAGACGUGAUGGACUGCCUGCGAAAGCAUAAUGUCGACACCGUAAUGCACUUUGCUGCUCAAACUCAUGUCGACUUAUCCUUUGGCAAUUCGAACGACUUCACCAGUACCAAUGUCGUCGGCACACACGCUCUGCUUGAGUGUGUCAAAUAUCAUGGGGUCAACAAGUUCAUCCACGUCUCCACUGACGAAGUCUAUGGAGAAGUCAAGGACGACGGCAAAGACCUACUGGAAGACGCGCUUCUUCUUCCAACCAAUCCGUAUGCAGCGUCCAAAGCAGCGGCAGAGAUGUACGUGGAAGCAUAUCGCAAGAGUUUCCAGGUGCCGGCCAUUGUCGUGCGAAGCAACAACGUUUAUGGGCCACACCAAUUCCCGGAGAAAGUCAUCCCCAAAUUUUCCAUGCUCUUGCAGAGAGGCCAGCAGCUUUCAUUGCAUGGCGACGGAACACACACAAGACGCUACCUCUAUGCUGGCGAUGCCGCCGACGCGUUCGAUACGAUUCUCCACAAGGGCCAGGUCGGUCAAGUGUACAAUGUAGGCUCUUCAGAUGAAAUCUCGAACUUCACGCUCUGCUCCAUGUUGCUGGGACAAUUUGGGCUAUCCAACGAGACGAAAGAAGAGGUCUACAAGCAUGUUGUUCAUUGCGAGGACCGACCAUUCAACGACCACAGAUACGCAGUCGACGGAUCAAAGCUCAAGCAACUAGGUUGGCAACAAAACACGACAUUUGCAGAUGGGCUCAGUACCACAGUCGACUGGUACAGGAAAUACGGUGGGAAGUGGUGGGGUGACAUCUCUGAUCGGCUUGCGCCCUUCCCCACUGUACCGCCAGAGGAACAUAUUGAGAGAGCAAGAAAUACAGAGCUAGCGAUUUCUCCUGCCAGGUCCAAGAAGAAUGGCAAGCGAGGCUUUGACGAGGUAGAGGGGUCACCGGAAACAAAGAGGAGACGAGAGAACGACCAUAUGGAUUCUGUCCUUGGUGCGAUCAAGGCGUAA